AUGACAUCAAUUUCCUCUUCUUGCUCUUCCUCAUCUUCUUCAUUUUCUUCAUCAAACAAUUCAAAAAAUAAUAAAAGCGUUAGCCCUCUAACCAAUUUUAUCAACGAAAACUACAAUCAACCACAAUUUUCUGAAAUAAAAUUUGAACAAAAUCGGAAGUCUUCGACAACAGAAAAUCAACAAAAUUCAACACAAAUUACCCAACAACAAAUACAAUUAUUGGAAAUGUUGGCUAAAGCUGGCUUGAUUCCUUCAAAUUCGUUGCCUAAUAAGCAAGAGAAUGGGGAUGAACAACAAAAAGAAAGUGAAGGAAAUAAUGAGGGUUGUGGUGAUUUGUUUGAACCGAAUUCGCUUUUUGAUAAUUUGUCUGGUUUACCCAAUUUUUCUGAAAAACAAUCAGAGCAGGACUUUCAAAAUGAAGAGAAAGGACCACUCGGGCAACGCAAACGACGCCGUCUAAUUGGAAAUUUGGAUAAUACGCUUGAUGGUUUGGUUGCUAAAAGGGCUGAUUUGCCGUUAAAGAAACGUUAUCAAUCAGAAACAGAAGCUAUUGAAUUGCCUGAUGAUGAACAGGAAAUGAAGCGAAUGGAAACAGAUCCAGAUGUGUGUACCCGAAUGUGUUCUGUCUGUGGUUAUCAAGGCAAAUGGGUUUCUGAAAUGAUUAGACACAAAAGACCUUUUAAAUGUAAAUAUUGCAACCGAACAAGUAAAUGGAAGGCAGAUUUGAUUCGUCAUGUAGCAAAAACUCAUGGUAUUCGUGUUGUUUCAAAAUACAGCCGUUCUAAAGCUUUCGAUUUUGGUAAAAACAGCAAUAAAUCCUCAACAGAACAACAAUUAACAAUAGAUGAUGUAAUAAUGGACGUAAGGGCCGAUGAGGACAAUUGUUCUUCGGAAAUGACAACAAAUAUUGUUGAUAAUAAUGAUGAUGAUAAUGUGAUGACAAAUAGCAAUAACAAUAAUAAAAUUGGAAGGAAGCAAAGCACUUCCUCCUCAACAGCAUUUUCUGAGUCGCUCAAUUCCAUGUUUCGGAAAGCCCAACGUCUCAACGGAUUAAAUAAAAAUACUAGUCAACCAAUAAAUAAAUUAACAAAACAAAAACAACAACGAAAAAUCAAAACAGAAAAUUUAAAUCAAAAUACCGAGGGGGAAGCUUCUUCAAUUUUAUUCAAUUUAUUGUCCCAACAAUUGGCAAACAAACAAUUAAUUAAUGCUACAAUUAGAGAACAAAUACAGCAACAAUUAUGUGCUAAAAACAACAAUGUUUGUAAUAAUCAGGAGCAGAAACAACAACAAAUUUACAAGUGUGGAUUGUGUAUUUUUCAGCAGCCCUCCUAUCCUCUACUUGUCUCUCAUUUGCUUGGAGUUCACAAUACUUCCCCAUUUUGUUGUCAGUCUUGUAAUCGUUCUUUUACACAAAUUGUUUCUGCUGCUGAUCAUUUUACUACAGACAAGUGUCCUCCUAAUGCAUUAAAGUGGAAUUUUUUGGUUGAUUCUGUUGUUGGAAAUGAACAUUAUGAAGCAAAGUGA